AUGGCAGCAGUCAUCCGUAACGACCUCGGCUCAGCUCAGUACUAUGGGGCAGAGUGUUUAUCCAAAGGUGCAAAUAAAGGUAUCAAUCAUACCAGGAAUAUACAUGAGGACGAAAUGUCUACAACUCAUAUUAAUGCGACAAAGUCAUUGAUUCAGCAGAUGGCCGAGGAUCCUAUGCUGGUUUUGGAUCGAAUGGCAUUCCAGAAUGGAGCUGUUGACUUGGGUUUAGGCUUCCCAAAUUUCAAACCGGAAAAGAAAAUAACGGAGGCUCUCAGUGAAGCAGCUACAGGGAAUGAUUAUAUGUUGCAUCAUUAUACCAGGCCGUAUGUUAUCCUGUUGGAACCCUUCUAUACACCGUAUAAGGACAUGUUGAUGAUUCGUGGAGCCGUACCUGUGUUUGUACCACUGCAUCCUUGUCUUGAUGGUGAUAAACAGAGCAGUGCAGACUGGGUAAUCGAUAAAGCACAGUUAGAAAAUGCUGUAACUCAAAGAACGAAAGCGAUCUUCUUGAAUAAUCCAAUGAAUCCAUUGGGUAAGGUAUUCGACAGAGAAGAAUUAUUGGAUAUAGCAAACAUUUGCAUAAAACACGACCUUACAUGUGUUGCCGAUGAAGUCUACCAAUGGCUGACCUAUGGCGGGAAACAUCACAUGCACAUUGCGAAACUCCCGGGAAUGUGGCAGCGAACGAUCACCUUAGGAAGUGCUGGGAAAACAUUCAAUGUGACCGGAUGGAAGGUGGGAUGGUGCCUAGGUCCUAAACAUCUGAUACAAGUACUCCAAAACUACCAUUUUUUCUGCCAUUCGGACCAGCCCCAGUAUACUACAAGUAAGAAAACUCAAAGUAUCAACACAGAAAAGAGUGAGUCAGAAGCCGUGGCUGUUGCUUUUGAAAAAGAAAUGCUUAUUUUGAACACACCCGACUCUUACUUGCAUACGUUUCGUAAAAUGGCCGAGGAGAAACGAAACAAACUAUGUAAAUACCUCAACAAUGCUGGGUUCAAAGCCAUAGUACCCGAAGGAUGUUUUUACAUAAUAGCGGACAUUACAAAUGCACAAGGGGCUUUGAUGAACAAAUCAGAAAACACUGACGAAGCUCUAGAUUACAAAUUCGCCAAAUGGGCAGUUGUAGAGAAGAAACUGUGCGUGAUGCCAUUUUCAAUAUUCUUUUCGAAACAACAUCGCCACCUUUCCGAGAAGUACGUGCGGCUCUGCUUUGUGAAGACGGAUGAAACUCUGAAGAAAGCAAAGGAUAUUUUUGAUCAAUGGAACAAAAAUUGA